AUGCGAGGGAUGCCCGACACUAGUGCACGAGGUGGCUAUAUCCUGCCGGGGUUGGUCACUUGUGGGGCAUUGAUCGCUUACAAGGCAUUAGCAUGGGUGUUUAUGAGGCCGUUGCGAGGGCUGGACGUAUAUGAAAUUGAUGGCCCGCUUGGCGAGGCUCGUGUGCGAGGGUGCCCCGGUGAGAUUGCAAGGUGUUACCGCAAAAGCUUGUGA